AUGUCGUCACCCAGGGUGUGGCAGAGCUCCGUGCCAGGGCUCCAGGUGCCCCUGCAGCAAUUUCCGGGAGCUCAACACGCCAACCCUUUCCAAACAACUCGCUUCACUUUGGACCUCAUCACGCGGGAUCUGGAAUAUGAUCAAUCUGGCGAUGUUAAACAAGUCGAUCUUGCCGCCGUCGUUGAAAAUCUCACAGAAGCCUUCAAAGCUAAUAUGCUAUUCAUGAGAAGUGAAUUUGAGCGUGUGAUUUCUGACUCCAGACAGCGGGAGGAGCGCUACGAGUGGCAACUCCAGGAGCUUCGCAACGAACUUAGGUCCGUUCGAGAGUGUCUCAAGGACCAGAAACAUCAUUCGCUUCAACAGCAGCUUUCGCCUCCAUCCCAGAAUAAUUUUCCUCGCCCACAGUGGUCCCAGAAAAGACUCUUCCAGAAGAUUGAAAAAUCUGAUGACACACCCAAUACGAACAUCUACAUCGAUGAGUGCGCCGUGCUCAACAAAGCCCUAGAGGACGGCGCCUCUCUGGCCAUUGAAGGAGCUAAAUGCUCUUUCGUAGAACAUACUGGGAACCUCUGGGAAGCUCAAGAAGAGGUCAAGGUGCACGCAGUUGGGUCGGAUUUUGUGAUGGGUGUGGGAGUCGCUCGGGACUGUGCUGAAAUUGCUGGUCGUCCAGACGUCGAACCCAACAUUGCGGGUGUCGGCGACAUCAUCACCCAAGAAUCUGAAGCUGUAGGGGGUACAAUUUGGCAUCUUGUCACCAAAGAGAAGUCCUCCUAUAAGUUAUACAAAAAGCCUGAGCCUUUUCUGGGGAAUGUGAGGAAAUCCUUCAAGAAACUUGCCGAAGAAAUCAAGAAAGAAAAGCUAGAAGAGGUGGCGAUGUCUUUCCUUUGCAGUGGCUCUGACAGAAUGAACCGUGUUUGGAUCCUGAAGCAGCUAUACAACGAACUGAAAGACGUCAGCAUCAAGGUGCACUUUUACAAUAAAGUGCAGUCCAAGAGGUGGCGUGGUUGCUGUCAGCUUUUUUCUCCAGUUCCUAGGAACGAGGCUCCAGCUCCCUCGACUGAUCAAGGUGCAGGUGCAAGGUCUGAUCCAAGUUUAAAUUAAAUGUCCCCAGCAAUGAUCAAUUAGUGCAGUCAGCUCAAAUUUCAUUAUUUGUGUGGAAUGUAGAAUCUUUGAGAAAAGUUCAUGAACUUUUGGGAGAUAACUAUUUUAGUAAGUUUGAUAUCUUAGUUCUGACUGAAACAUUUUUAUUAGACGAUUUUUCAAUAAUGGGGUUCUAUUCUAAACACAUCUUUGGCAUAAAAAAUCACUCUUUUGGACGCCCGAUGAGGGGAGUUUCAGUCUAUUACAACGCCAAAUGCGGAAAACUUGUCAACUUCUUUUCUCUUGAGAAUACUAUUAUUCUAAAUUUUGAAUAUUUUUCAAUCCUUGGUAGUUACUUUGAGCCUAACAUUAACACCGAUUGUUUGUGGGAUGAACUUAUUGAAGCAGUUAGUUACGCUCGUUUACCUGAAUUAAUGAUUUAUUGCGGUGACUUCAAUUGCCGCAUUGACCGUAAAAAUUUGAAGAAUGACUUGAUCACUGAUUUUAUGUUCCUGAAUGAAUUAAGUAUAGCUAAUACACUUCCUUAUAAAAGCACGUACGUUGCCUCAAAUGGAGAGAGCGUUGUCGAUUUAAUUCUAUGCUCUAGCAAAAUUUUACAGUUAGACUUCAAAUUGACUGACUCUUUCAUCAGAAAACACAGACAACUAAAUUUUAAGUUUCAAGUCCCUGUUUCUUCCUUAGAAACUGCAGAGCGUGUAAAAUCUUUUAAGAUUGAUUAUAAUUGCUUGACAAAUGUUUUGGCUGGUCAAAAGGAGUCACUUAAAUCAGCUUUAGAGGAUAAUAAUAUAUUUUAUGAAAAUAUUCUCACAAUUGUUGAAAAAUCUAAAUAUUAUUUGCUCUGCAAGUCUCGUAUUAGUAAACCGUGGUUCGAUUCCGAGUGCUUUGAACUCAAACAAGAUCUAAAAUUUCUUCAAAAUUUUAUUGAUAAACUUUCUGGAUCAUCUACUCUCCCAAAUUCUGAAAAUAUUAAAUUAGAAGUGCUAGAAAUUUUUGCCAAUGUCAAGACGGCUUAUAGAAGAAUAAUUAAACAGAAAAAGGACAAAUUUAUCGAGAAAUGUGAUGAAAAAAUCAUUUUUGAAGCUGUGCAUCUAUCUUACAAAUUAUUAAAUAAAAAAGGUGACUCUUCAAAGGUAAACAAUGUUGCCAUGUCAGAUUGGGAAACUCAUUUCGAAAAAAUUUAUAAUAUUCAGAACCUCGGCUCCAAUGAUUCUUUAAAUUUGAAAGAUAUGUUAACCAACAUGGUCAGAACACCAGAUGUUAAACACUUCAUGAAAGAAGAAGUUAGCCUUGCGGUUAAAGAGCUUAAAGUAAAAAAGGCUCCUGGUCCUGACCUUUUAACUAAUGAGACUUUGAAGUUUCUCAGUGAGCAUCUUUUAUUAGAGCUCACAGAUUUUUUCAAUAACUGUCUUAAGCGAGGUUAUAUUCCCAAAAAGUGGAAAAUCUCUAAUUUAAAGCUCCUCUUUAAGAAUAAAGGCAGUCAGGAUGAUACUAAUAACUAUCGUGGAAUUAAUAUUUCAGCUUCAUUAUAUAAUUUACUUGAUCGAAUGCUAAAUAAGAGACUGUACUCGUGCCUUAUUAAAUUCAUCCCAGAUAAUCAAUAUGGCUUCAUCAAAGGUAGAUCUACAAUUAAAGCUGUCGAAACUUUAAUUCAAUCUAUUGAAUCAGUAGUAUAUGUAAACAGAAAACCUCUUUACGCUCUUUUUCUCGAUUUAAAAAAGGC